CUCAGCACAUGUUACGUAUUAGUUUUAUAUAGUGUCUUUGAUGUAGAUUGCUAUAACAGAGGGACCCACAGCCAUGCACGGGAUAUUAACUUGGACAUUCUUCCUAACCACUGUUCAAAUAGGCAAUUGGUACAGUGUUCAUGGAGUAAGCAUAACGAUCAAUGCCGGCAGAAACAUUACGUGCGGAGAAGACGUUAUUGUAGCCUGUCACAACGACGCCAGUGGCAUAGUCAUCCAGUUUGCCUACGAUAAUUCUGUUGAUUACAAAACAAUAGCAGAAUGCCAGUUUGAUGUUGAUCCCCAGCUUAUGGAUACACGAUUUAAAGAGAAGUUCACUGUGUCUCAAUCAUGUAUACUAAGGUUAAGAAAUUUUACUGAGCGCGACUGCGGAACAUAUAUGUGUGCAGUUAUGUUCAAUGAAACACAACGCGUUAGUGAGGAGGUUUCGUGCAAUAAUGGUUCUACAGGUCAUGUGCCAGCUUUGGAAACUGAUAAAACACAGGAAAGAACGGACAUAAAGGAUUGUAAAAUAAUUAUAAUAAUUAUUAGCUCAGCACUAGCACUAGCACUAGUGUGUAUCGUCACGUUCAUUGGAUACAAAAAAUGCAAGAACAAAGACGUUAAUUCAGAAACAGGUACACCUGAUGAAAGUAGACCACUCGAGCAACAGGCAGAGGUGGAGAAGGGAGUGCGCAGUUUGAAAGAUGGAAAAACUCCAAGAUUUGACAACGUCCAUUCCGAGCUGAUUAAGCAAGGAGAUAAGGCAAUGGCUACAGCAAUGACGGCACUAUGUCAUACGAUCUGA